GUCAUCGUGCCUGGCUUCAAGCUAUACUCUACAAUGCACUCAUUUGCGAAUGUAUUCCCUUUCUCAUGGAAGGGCUGGUCUGUCAUGCACUAAUUUAUUUCACACAGGCAGUGUAAAUAUGUCUCGAAUGCACAAGUCAUAUAUGCUAGGGCGUAGGACCACUUUCCGCUCCUUCGUGACUGCAGGCGACGGCGCGGGUGGUAAUAACGGCAAGAAUACACCCGCAGCUGGGUAUCUCAGCUCGGUGCCAAAAAGUGUAAAAGGUAAACCUGACAGCGUUUCGAGGACAAAUGAUUUUGAUAAGCUAAGCACUACAGGUUCGCAGAAAGUAACUUGCGGGGAUGCAAAGGCUGCUGCUGCGCUUAAAACUGAGGGUGGGGCGGUGAAGGGGAAUGAGAAUACACCCAAGACUGUAUCAAGUGACCUACUUGGGGACUCGACAACAAGUGCAAGUAGACCACCACAAUUGACAAUUUCACAGAAAGGUAUGGUCAAAGAUGCAGAGGUGGCCAGCACGACCUCAAACCCAACAUCUGGCACACCGCCAGUAGCGGUUGCUGCACAACACACACCAACAGCUACACAACUCAAGCACACGCCCGACAAUACGACUACCUCUACAACCGUAGCGACAAUGCCGAUCACAAGCACAGCCGCAACGAUACCCGCACCAAAGCCAAAGACAGCGCCUCUGUCUCAGACCAUCGAAAAUAUACAAACUCAAGGCGACUCGAUGUCAACCCUUGCAGACGUUGCUUCAAAGCGCGAUGUAGGGACCACUUCAGCUACCUACACAUACACUCCUAAACCAACAAGUACAACCGCAAAUCAGACAACAGCUUCGUCCGCAUCUACAUCUAAACCGGUGUCAGCUGCCGGGAAUACGCAACUUGCACCCGAGUCCGAUAUGAACUCAUCACAGACAGGUACGGGAACGUCUCCAGCACAACUCACUCACCAAGAGUCGACAACUACCAAGCCGGCUGAAUUGCAUACGCCAACAAGCAGCGAGAUACCUGCACAGAGUGGCAGUACUAAAGCAACACAGUCGACAACGCCGGCGGCGGGUACUAAACCAGCAGUAGGUCAGGUCGAGGCUCAUGGCCCUGAAAGCAGUAGGGGCUCACCUGUAGAACCGAAGUCAGUACUCGGCCGAGAAUCAGCCGGUAAUGAUACAGCACCCCCCACUCAAAGUGCGGGCAAUGCAGGCCCGAUGCCUAAGAAUGAGGUGACCGCACAAACUGGUCCCCCACACGAGUCGCAAGUCUCUCAUGCGGCGAAACCUCAAAGCGGCGAGAGGAUGACCGGCAGUACAGAUCCAACACGAGCGAACGAGGUUGGUAAUAGUGUUGAUAGCAGACUCUCCAACACUAGCAAGCAAUCCCCCGAAAUGAUCUCAUCAGAAAAGUUCGGUUCACAAAUGGGGACGGGCGAGAGGCUGUUCGUGGGCGAGCAAACCAAGGGCAGUGGGGUCGCUGAUGCUGGUACUAUCAGAUCUUCGGGAACGAAACCAAUGUCUGGGGGCGAUGGAGGCAAUGGAAUCCAAUCGACAGGUGAGAAAUUAGUGGGUGCCAACAACGAGGAAGCCUUGAUUGACAAGGAUGGCAAAAUAAGCGUGCUCAAUGCCAUGCGCAAUCUAUUCUCUGGCGAUUCUACCGAUGAACCACAAAGAAAAUUACCGACGCUGUGGCAUAUUAAGCAACUAGCUAUAGCUUUGAUACCAGCCUUUAUCGUCUGGGGUGUUCUUCAUCGAAGGCAUGUGAAGAUAGAGCACCAGAGACAGCAUGAAGUGGUGCACACUGAGGAGGAUGAACGUCUUCGAACCGAGAAGAUUUUCGACGAGCGAAUGAGCAAAUGGGAUCAUUCCAUGGCGGGUCAGGGUGCCACAGCGGGGGCGGAGCGACCUGACGGGAUGGAUCAUGAGGCCGCCCGCGCACUACAAGAGUCGAUCCAGGAGCUGAAAGAGCGACUGGAUAAGCUAGAAACCCUUGCACGAGGCGAAAGGGAACUCCCAGCACAGCUUGUGUCAGCAGUCGGUGAUACGGCCACACAGCAGUCUAAUGCGAUGCCCAAUCGAGACGAAGAGGACAAAUUGGCGAUCAGUUCUCAAACUCAGACUCACUCGGCAGAUGGGGCUGAUUCAGAUACACAGGGCGCACGACAGCCGACAGAGAGAAGCCCGGCGGGGUCAUGGUCUAAGUGGCUAUCUGGCUGGUUUACAAAGACCGGGGAGGAGAGAGCAGAGCACCAGAAAAAUACUACUUUGCUGCGAGACGACACCACAGAGCAUGCGACCGCUGUGCUGCCGGGUAAUGGCGACGACGAGGUAGCCACACACGCUGAACCGAUCGUGAUGGGCACAGCCGAAGCGAUAGGGAACGAGAUAGAAGCACCAGCGAAUGAGAUAACAUCAUCCGCACCUGCUCAGGCGCAAGUUGAAGGCUGGGCUAAUUGGCUUAUGUCCAAGGUACAAGUGAGGCGUGAGUCACCCGCGACAUCGACAACAAUUGCACAGAUCAGCAAGCCUCAACCGACCGGCGAUAGCAUCUUUGCACCGUUGAAUAGUCUGGCGAGUGAUAUCAUACAAUACUACAGGGGCGAUGUAGGCGAUAGCACACCGUAUCCACCCAAUAGAGCUGUGCCUGCUACAGAGUUAGAGGCGGAGGAUGCCAUGAUGCACCCAGGGCUGGCUGCGGGCGCGGGGGCUGACCUCGAGAGCGAUACUGAGACUAGUAGUGAGUGCCUGAUUUCCAUGACAUCAGAGGAGUCGGCAACUCAGUGGUUUGAUUGGCUGGCGCCAAAAAAAAAGAUCUAGCGGACAAUCCAUCACACACAUCGGUCGAAAGUACUGGCCACUCAGAGCCAAAUCGUCAGGGAUCGCAGAGCAUCGAUGACGCAUCCAUAUACCCGCUACCGCCUGAUGAGGCGGAUAGUUCAUAUCCCUCGUACCCACGUCCAGAACCUGAGAGUAUUGAGCAAGAGGUUAGGCUACAAGACGGGCCAUGGCAUGUCAGAGCGUGGCACUUUGCACAGGAGGCUCUGCGAGUUGUUCUGCGACCCGAUGCGAAUGACGGGGCAGUGGUGGGGAGCAAGGCUCUGUCUGAAGGGGUACAAGGUAUGAAUGGCGAGACAAGGAUAGACGGAAAAGGACCUGAAGCCGACAGCUCGACUGAGGGGGUUGCAGGGGUGGCUGAUAGUCUGGAGACCGAGACAAGGGAAGCUAUAGUCACUUGAAGUUCAGUUAGUAGUGUCAGUGGAUGAAGCGGUCCACGUGCCGCAAUCAAAUAACUCGAUUGCGAUUCCGCCCGCCCCAUUUUGACAGCGGACACGUACACUGCCGCUUCGGCUAUUUCAUGCGGCCUAAAUGGUUUUUAAACGUUGUAGUCCGUUGUAAGUGAACAGUGUUUAGUAGUUUGAUACCUGGGUAUGUUUGGGCCGAUGUAGGUGACGCUUAUAUGUUGGCUACAGGUUGAUCCCGUUGACAGAGAUAGGCUGGGAAAGUCGAGUCUGUUUGCAGAACCCGGUACGUAUACUAGAGAUCGACUAGGGCACACAUAACGGGUGUGUUUGAUUCGGCACUCACAUAUAUCAUCGAGUCGGAACGAAACAGUAAUGUACAAAGAAGAAUGUGGAUCUCGUAGCACCCAUGUUGGCUGAUCCUUUGCCCAGCAGAACCCGAACUAGAAGAAUUGUAGGCAGCACCUAGCGAAGCGAAUGUAGACUUUGAUUGUCAGUGGAUGCUUUUUUCUCGAGCCCAUGAUGUCAUACGCAGCAGGGGGUAUUUUCCUAGAUCAUGAUUGGUAGACGAAUGGGGUAUCUAUCCAGCAGUUGACACAGGAGGGGCGAUGAAGUAAAAGGAUAGGCCUGCAUGUCAAAUCUCGACGAUGCUUUGUACUCAAGUUCGUUAAACCGGAAGUGUCCGGUAACAUUGAGCCAAGCGUGCAGUCCACUUAGUGGCAGUUGUAGGUUGCACUCUGCCAAGAUAUCCAGAGAACAUAAUACAUUUGAAAACACAGUCUGCGUACGUGGGUAUUAAAGGUAUCUAGGGCUACGCUGAGACUACAAAUAAAGAGACAGGCUGUGGAAACUCUUCCCUCUACUAGUGUAGGAGUACUUGCCGGCUCUUUGAUAAAGUAAUAUUAUAUGAUUG